ACGACAUAACCAUAUGUUUUGCUCCAAAUCGCCGGGGGAAGCUUUCGCAAUCAGCUGAUUUUAAUGCCACUGCCCCACAGAGAAGUCGCAGCAUGGAGAAUGUGUCCAAGGUCUGGCUGGGUCCCCUGCCCGAGGAUUCGCCCUACGUGAAGCCCUUCCGCCUCUACUACGUCCAGAAUGGGGUGGAGAAGAACUGGGAUCUGCUCAAGGUACACGAUAGCGUCGCCAUAAUCUUGUACAAUACCACACGCCAGAAGUUAGUGUUGGUGCGUCAGUUCCGGCCUGCCGUCUACCACGGAGUAAUUACCAGUGCUCAGGGAAAUUUCGAUAAUGUGGACCUGAAGGCAUUCCCGCCCUCCAUUGGGGUGACCUUGGAACUUUGUGCCGGAAUCGUGGAUAAGUCAAAGAGCUGGAUUGAGAUUGCCCGCGAGGAGGUGGUGGAGGAGUGCGGCUACGAUGUGCCAGUGGAACGCAUCGAAGAGGUCAUGGUCUACCGAUCUGGUGUUGGCUCCUCGGGCGCCAAGCAGGCCCUGUACUACUGUGAAGUGACAGACGCGGAUAGAGUCACAAGUGGCGGCGGUGUCGAGGACGAGAUCAUAGAGGUGGUGGACCUAUCCCUGGACGAGGCACAACGCAUGAUACAAAAGGGAGCUGUGAACAACAGUCCGCCAAGUUGCCUUCUAGGUCUGAUGUGGUUCUUCGCCAACAAGGCUCCAAAGUGUGCCACCAGUGCCUAGCUCCAAAUACUGUUUGUUGAUUCACCCAGAAAAGCGACAGCCGUGAUAAACAAAAAGACGAUUAGAUAAAUCCAACUGCGGACUCGCAUCCGUAUCCGCACCCGCAGAGUUGCCUUACUAACUCGUAUUAGCUAACACGUAUUCGAAUGCUUUCCAAGUUGAACAUUGUGAAUGCGCCUAGCGCAUAAUAGUGAACCAAAAUUUCCACGCCUGUCGAGGCUCACCGUACCGAUAUGUGUUAUUUGUAAUAUGUAAUAAACCGAAGCCAGCUGUCCGCUCAUGAA